UGUGGAUUGUCAGUUGUCAACUUGUCAUCGCUUUUAAGUUUCAAAUAAAAUAAUUAUAAACAAAAAAUAAAGUGCUGAAUAAAAAUUAUAUAUGACGCUAAAAAAUAUAUUAUAUAGCUUGUCGUUACUACAAAUAAGAGCUUAUAAUUAUUGUCUAACUACGAAAAUGGCUAAAAGUUCUUUCGAGUACGUUAAAACAUACGAACAAGACGAUACUCUACUACCUAACACGUGGAUUGUUGUGAGAUUAGAUGGGAAAUGUUUUCAUAAAUUUUCGGAGGAUCACAAUUUCAAAAAACCCAACGACCUGAGAGCAUUAAAAUUAAUGAAUUAUGCAGCCUUUAAAGUGCUAUAUGAAUUUCAUGAUUUGUUGCUAGCUUUUGGUCAAAGUGAUGAAUAUUCCUUUAUUUUCAAAAAAAAAUCUAGCCUAUAUAAUAGAAGGGCUGCAAAAUUACUAACCACAAUUAAUAGCAAGUUUUCUACCUCCUACGUAUUUUAUUGGAACAAGUUUUUUGACCAAGAACCUUUAAAAUAUCCCCCAACAUUUGAUGGUCGGAUAGUUUUAUAUCCUUCUGACGAAAAUUUAAUAGAUUACUUAAAAUGGAGACAAGCAGACGUACAUAUAAAUAAUCUUUAUAACACUUCUUUCUGGACACUUGUUUUGCAGGGAGGCUUAAGUCCUGCUCAGGCAGAAAAAAGGCUAUGCGGAACUGUGUCAGCUGAUAAAAAUGAGAUAUUAUAUAAAGAGUUUAAUAUAAAUUAUAAUAAUGAACCAAAUAUAUUCAAAAGAGGAACUCUAUUACUAAGAAAAACAUUAUUAAAUGAAUCAAGAAUGAAACCUUUAUCAGUGAUUGUAGAUGUUCAUGACGAUAUGUUGAAGGAUUCGUUCUGGAGAGAUAACAGUAUUUUACUAACAAACAAGUCUAAAAACAGUAAUAAUAAUUACGAAGGUCCAAAAACUGAUAUAAUCAUUGAGCAAAUAGGUAAUAAAUAGAAUGAAACGCUUAAAUAAAUGUGUGUAUAUAUAUAUAUAUAUAUCAAGAAAUAAAAUAUUUAAAUUAUA